GGUUCUUCACGGGAAAUGCUUCUCGAUGAUAGGGUUUUGAUCUCUCCGCUGGCGCCACACGAUCGAUCGAGAAUCCCGGGUUCCAGGAGCUGCUCCUUCUCGCAGGAAUCGCUACUGACACAGAAAUCGCCGCUAUUCGAGAGAGUAGUCGCCGAUACCCACCAGGUACGCGAUCGAUUCGUCGAUCUUCUCCGGCAAUGCAGCCGAUCCAAGGAUCUGGCACGGGGGAGGCAGAUUCACGCCAGCAUUGCCAGAAGCAGCGCUCCUCAAGAUCCAGUCGUGGGGAACUGGCUCAUACAGAUGUAUCUCAAGUGUGGGAGCUUGAUCGAUGCCUCGCAGGUGUUCUACCAGCUGCUGGAGACGAGUGUGGUGAAUCUGGUGGCCUGGACCGCGCUGAUCGCGGCUUAUGCCCGGAAUGGGCAAACCAAGCUCGCGAUCCGGCUCUUCCAGCAAAUGCAGCUAGAGGGGAAUUCGCCCGACCGGAUCACUCUCGUGACGAUCUUCGAGGCGUGUGGCAACCCCGAGAAUCUGGAAGAUGGUAAGAAGAUCCACGCCUAUCUCUCUUGCAACUCGGACGUAGUUCUUGGCAGCUCUCUCAUCACCAUGUAUGGAAAGUGUGGGAGUCUAAGCGAAGCUUGUUUGAUGUUCCAGAGCAUGGAGGAGUGGAACACCGUGGCGUGGAACUCUCUCAUGGGAGCUUUCGUCCAGCAUGAUCGAGUGGAGGCGGCGAUGGAGCUCUACUGGGAGAUGCUGCAGUGUGGAUUCUUGCCGAGUAGACCGACUUUCCUGACGGUGUUGGCGGCCAUCUCUAGCCUCGAGUCUCUACGACACGCGCUGGUAAACAUGUAUGGGAAGUGCGGAAGCGUGGUGGAAGCAGUGGAAGUUUUCGACAGGAUGCCCCGGCACGAUGUGAUAUUGUGGAGUGCCGUGAUCUCGGCUCACGUCAACUGCGCCGAGUACGAAGAAUCUCUCAGGCUUUUCCGGAAGAUGCAGCUCGAAGGGAACAGGCCAAACAACGUGACGCUGGUCAGUGUUUUGAGCGCUUGCGAGGGGCCGCAGGCACUGGAGACAGGGAAAGGGAUUCAUGAGUGUGUUGUGGAGGCCGGGUACGAGGGGGACUUGAUCGUCGGGAAUGCCAUUGUGAGCAUGUAUGGGAAGUGUGGCAGCUUGGAAGACGCGUGGGAUGUCUUUCACAGGGUGCCGCGGAGAAGUGUGGUGACUUGCAACGGGAUGAUGGGGGCUUGUGCCGUGCAAGGGGACUCGUCAGGUGCUCUCAAGCUCUUCCGGUAUAUGGUGCACGAAGGCAUCGGGUUUGACAACAUCACCUUCCUCAGUGCUCUCUGUGCGUGCUCGGGCACCUCGGGCUUGUCUCACGGCGAGUUCUUUCACGCUCGCAUGUUGGAGCGCGGGCUUGAGCUGGACAUAUUCGUCGCGAAUGCACUCGUCAACAUGUAUGGCAAGUGUGGGAAAGUAGAGGCUGCCGAGCACGUCUUUGAAGAGCUCGCAGAGCAAGAUGUUCGUACAUGGAACGCGAUGAUUCUGGCCUACGUCCAAAAUGAAGAGGAGAGAAGCGGACUUUUGGUGUUUCGACACAUGAUGCAGAGUGGAUACAAGCCGGACGAAGUUACCUUCGCGAUAACUCUCAACGCUUGCUACCAUCCCAGGUUCUUGAGGGAUGUUCACUCUCUCAUUUCUGAGACGGGGAUAUCAAACACAGUCGUUCAGAACGCGCUGGUUGUCAUGUACGGGAGAUUUGGUCUGCUGGAGGAAGGUUAUCAGGUGUUUGAGAAGCUGGAUCAGGAGAGCAUUACGAGCUGGAACGUCAUGAUAGCCUCCUGUGCUCAGAGUGGACAAAUGGAGGCGGCAUUUUCUCUCUUCAGGGAAAUGCAACACCAAGGAGUGGUUCCGAACAAGGCAACACUCCUCAUCAUGAUCAAUGGCUGUUCCACCUCGAACGAGGCAAAACUUCUGCAGUGCUACUGGACAGACGAGCUGCUAGAGUCGCACAACAUAUUGAAGGUUGCUCUUGUGAGUCUCUACGGUCGAUGUGGAAGCUCUCGUGAAGCUCUGGACAUCUUUGGAAGACUGGAAUCGCCGCCUACAGCGUGCUGGAACUCGGUCAUCUUCGCUCAUGUCCAGAGCAGGAGGGACUCCGAAGCGUUGAAGAUGUUCUGGCGGAUGCAGCAAGCCGGUGUUUGGCCAGACAAAACCAGCUUUGUGGCCGUCGUCAAGGCGUACUCCAACGUGGGGAUGACAGAGCCGGAGAUCGACUGGUUACGAGCAGUGAUAGCCAACAGCGACGUGGAAGACGGAGUCCCCAUUGGAAAUGCUCUCAUCAGCAUGUAUGGGAGGUGUGGCAGCUUUGGAAAAGCUCGAGACCUCUUCGACAGCAUGGCCGAGCGAGACGCGGUCACUUGGAACACGAUGAUGAGCGUCUCGGAGCAACUGGAGCACGGGAGAGACUCCAUCCAGCUCUUCCGACAGAUGCUACAGGAAGGAACUCCUCCAGACAAAGUCACCAUCCUCACCGUCCUCAACGUCUGCGCGAGCCUCCCAGCGCUGCAAGAAGGCAAAGCGAUCUGCGCGUGGCUGGACCACACUCCACUCUCGGCGAACCAGAUGAUCGGCAACGCCAUCCUCAACAUGUACGCGAAGUGUGGAUCCAGAGACGAAGCUCGCAGGAUCUUCAGCGUGAUGCAAGGCCGGGACGCCGUCUCCUGGAACGCGCUCAUCGGGGCAUACGGAUCCUACAGCCGGGGGAGGUACGCGUUCCAGAUCUUCCAGGCGAUGCAGCUCGAAGGCAGCACCCCGGACGCCGUGACUUUCACCACGAUCCUGUCGGUGUGUAGCCACGGUGGUCUCUUGGGCGAGGCCGUCAAGUGGUUCCGGUGGAUGAGAGAAGACUACUACGUGGAGGCCGAGACGGGGCACUAUGGCUGCAUCGUGGAUUUGCUGGGACGCCUGGGACGAGUUCCAGAGGCCGAGGAGGUGGCCGAGAAAAUGCCCGCUGGGACCGAUCCAAUCGUGUGGACGACGCUGCUGAGCGCUUGCCAGGUCCAUGGUGAAACGCAGCGAGGGAAGAGAGCCGCGGAGAGACUGGUGGAAUUGGAUCCAGAGGUGACCUCCGCCUACGUUGUGCUAUCCACGAUCUAUAGGAAGGAAGAAUAGUAUUGUGUGAAGUCAAUAGAAGACUCGUUGACUUACUAAAACCAGUCAACCGUAAGCUGACCAGUGGUCCUCUUUUUGCAUGGUGGUCUGGGUUGAACUGACAAAUUCAUAUACAGAAGCUUGCUUUUAUUUCUCCAAUCUCCAUCGUAACCCCAGAUCGCCUCCAAAAUAAGUCACAAUGU